UGCUAUUCUAUCAAAGAUAGAUAUGUUCUGUCAGACAAUUUAUGAGAAAAGUGCCCCGCUCACGCGUUGUUGGGGCUUUAUCGACGGUACCAUUCGCGCGAUCUCGCGACCUAAGCGUAGAGAUUGUGGGGAAAGUGGUCUGCUGCAAGAUCUGCAGCACUGGUUGAACGACGCAGCAGGCACCCCUUACUACGUAUUCGGCGACCCUGCGUACAGCCUUUCGCCCUGGUUGCUGGCGCCGUUCAAGGGGGUGUUAAACGCCUUCGAACAGGCCUUCGACACCGCAAUGAGCUCCGUCAGAGUCUCGGUUGAAUGGGGGUUCGGAAAAAUCGUGGCCCUCUGGCCGUACGUUGACUAUGCCAAGAAGCAGCAGGUGGCGCUCAGCGCUUGCGGGCUUGGUAAACAGUAUGCGGUCGCCGGCAUUCUGACGAAUUAUCAUUCGUGCUUCUACCGCAACAACACUUCUUUCUACUUCGAUGUAAACCCCCCGUCGCUUCGCAGCUACCUGAACGGCGAAGGGUAGAGUGUGGGUUGACGGGCUGUAAGUGUCAGUGGCAUGGGUUGAUGGUGGCUUAGGUCGGG